AUGGCUGUUAAGGUUGAUGAUCUCUCCAUCAUUGAUUCCUCCAAAGAGGCUUGGAAUAUUGUCGUGAAGGUCAUACGUUUGUGGGUUAGUCCCAAUUUCGGUGGUGGGAAGCUUCCCUUUUCAAUGGAAUUGGUUCUCAUGGAUGCUAAGGGUACAAAGAUUCAUGCUUCUGUGAAAAAGACUCUGGUGUAUGUGUUCCAGCCUCUUUUAACUGAGGGUCGGGUAUAUAAUAUUUCAUAUUUUGGCGUCGGUGAGAAUGGUGGUGAAUUUAAAACAACUUCCCAUCCAUUCAAAUUGAACUUUCAUAAGCAUACAUCUGUGAGACUGGAAACCAAAAUUGCGAUAUCAAAGAGUCCUUACUCUUUCACUCCUUUAUCUGACAUCAUGUUCCGAGAUCCUGAUUCAUCCUUUUUAGUUGGGUCCAGUGGUGAGCAAGAGUUUGAAAAGAACGGAAAAAUUGAAAAUAGAGUUACUAUUGAGCUGUGUCAGGAUGGUAUUCAGAAUGUCUAUGGUGCUACCCAAAUUUUGUUCAACCCAGAUGUGGAGGAAUCUGCAUCUCUUCGCGAAAGGUUUUUUGCUAUGAAUGAUCCUGCUCUACAAGUUCUUAGCCAGCUUCAGGAUUCUGGAAAAGUGUCAAUUGAGGAAGAUUUUUUAAGCCAGACAGAAGCGAAAACCAUCGACCAGAUUAAAGAUUUAUCUGAGAAAUCUAAUUGCAUUGUUUUAGCUUCUAUCAUGUUCAUUUGUAAGGAUUCCUGGUGGUAUCCGGCAUGCAAAUGCAACAGGAAGGGUAAUGGAUCUACUGAAUCUACCACAUUUGUUGUUUUCGACCAAGAGGCUGCAUCAUUGCUUAGCAGACCAUGUUCUGCCUUUGUGGAUGCUUCUACCAAGAAUCCUGCUGAAAAGGCGGUUCCUUCAGAUAUCUUAUCAUUGGCUGAUAAGCAGUAUUUAUUCAAGAUUGAAGUCAAUAACAAUGCAAGUAGCAAUUUUGAACCCUCAUAUCGUGUCAAAAAAAUAUGUUGGGAUCCAGUUAUAAUUUCUAAAUUCAAGUCAUCUAUGCCUCAAGCUGAUGGUCCAAUGCCAAAUAUGAAUGUUUCAACCCCAACUUCUGUCCUCAAGGGAUCUUCAUCAUCAUCAAGCUGUGUGAAGGAUCUUAUCAAUGAUUUUGGAGUAGCUUCUGAAUCCCAAGUUGAGGAUUCUCCUACCGCCCAAUCUGAAAAUCCAAGUUCAAUUGCUGUUGAUGCUGUUGGAAACCCCGUUCCUGUAACUGCUACAAUAGUUAAUGCUGUUAGUGAAAAGGUUAUGAAGUCUGAUGAUUCUACAAAAUCUGAGGGUCGUAAAUCUGCUGUAGAGCCCGUUGCUGAUGUUCCGUCUGAUGUAUUGGGAAAGGAAAUACAGGAUUCAACUCCCUCUGUUGUUGCUGGGACUGUUUGUCAUACUGAUGAUGAUGAUGAUGUAGCUGUGGGCAGCCAGUGUUCCCCUCCUACAAAACGUAGUUCUCCCUCAGAUUCUGAAGCCCUUGGAUCAUCUAAUGCUGGAAAAAAGCUUCUUAAAGCUGUGAAGAAGGAGAAGAUCUGA